AUGUCGUGCUGUGAGUGCAGAAACAGCGAGGAGACAGCGCGCGGGAGCAUCCUCUACAGCAUCCUCAACAGAGGCACCAAGCGCCCGCGAGGACACCUGGAGACGCCCGCUGCGCUCCAGCUCUGCUCCUGCACCUCCAAGAGGAAACUGGUGGCGAUUCGGGCUCCGCAGUUAGUUUACAGAGCGGCCUCAGAGGUGCUCAUGAAAACUUUUAAAUUCGUGAAAAAUGUGCCGUGUUUUCGGGGUUUGCCGGCGGGAGACCAGCUGCGGCUGGUGCGCAACAGCUGGGCGCCGCUGCUGGUUUUGGGCAUGGUGCAGGACUCCGUGGACUUCGACACGGUGGAGACGCAGCAGCCAAGUCUGCUACAGCGGAUUUUAACGCACAGUAAAGAGCGACAGCAGCGCGCUCCGACCGAGACCCAAGACCCCGGGGUGCCCGUCAGUGACGCGGAGGGGAUCAAGAUGUUUCUGUUCAAGUGCAGAGCUCUGAGGAUCAGCGUCAAAGAAUACGCCUUUCUGAAGGGAGCCAUACUUUUCACCCCGGAAGUGACGGAGUUGGAGUGUCAGGAGUACAUCCAAGCACUUCGGACAGAGGCUGAGCGCGCGCUUUACGAGCAUGUCAAAACGGUGCACCGUGGUAACAUGGGCCGGUUCGGCAGACUGUGCGCUGUCCUGAACACCCUGCGAUGCAUGGACCCGGACACAGUGGCGGGACUGUUCUUUAGACCCAUGACUGGGACACGCAGCAUCGAUGAGCAUGUGCUCACUAUGUUUUUUGAGCAGUAA